AUGGCGGGAGAAGUCCGUCAGCCUAUAGAUAUUCCCUCGUUGGAGCGAUACAUUGACCAGAAUGUGUCGGAGAUCAAGACUCCUCUCGAGAUCAAGCAGUUCGGUUUCGGUCAAUCAAAUCCUACCUAUUUGCUCACGGCCGCCGAUGGCAAGCAAGUCGUGCUUCGCAAGAAGCCCCCCGGCAAGCUGGUCUCGAAGACAGCUCAUAAAGUCGAACGCGAGUACAAGAUCAUCCGAGCAUUAGGCGAUACCAACGUCCCUGUUCCCAAGGCGUACUGUCUAUGCGAGGACAGCAAUGUCAUCGGGACACCUUUCUACAUCAUGGAGUUCCUAGACGGGCGACAUUUCACCGACCCAGCAAUGCCGGGCGUGAGUGCGGAGGAAAGACAUGCACUGUACGUCACUGCAAACCAGGCCGCAUCGAGGACCACCCAUACUGACCAAAACCGCAGGUGGAAGAACGCAGUACAAACCCUAGCCAAGUUCCACAGCGUGAUCCCCAAAACCGUCGGACUCGAGACCUUCGGCAAGCCGACAGGCUUCUUCGACCGCCAGAUCGCAACCUUCACCACCAUUUCGAAAGCGCAAGCCGCCGUCGUGGACGCCGACACCAAAGAGCCCGUUGGCGAACUCCCCCACUUCGACGACAUGGUCACCUUCUUCUCACAGAAGUCCACGCAGCCCAAAGACCGCGGCACCCUCGUGCACGGCGACUACAAAAUCGACAACAUGAUCUUCCACAAGACGGAGCCGCGAGUGAUCGGCAUUCUGGACUGGGAAAUGGCAACGGUGGGCCACCCGCUGUCGGACUUCUGUAACCUGACUAGCCCCUACACGAUGGAAGGCGCCGAUAGCCAACUGUCACAGUUCAAGCCGGGGGUUGUUCCAGGCCUGCCGGGUCGCGAGGAGUGCAUCCGCUGGUACGCCGAGACGUCCGGGUACGAGACUGGCUCUGACGUCGCGUGGGGCGACGCAUUCUUUGCGUUCCGGGGCUCCGUGAUUAUGCAGGGCAUUGCGGCCCGGUUUGCUGGGCGGCAGGCUAGUAGUGCCCGUGCUGAGGAUUAUGCCAAGCGGGCGAAACCGUUCGCGGAGGGCGCUUGGGAGAGAGUUCAGGCUGUUAAGAAUGAGAGCCUGAGGGGGAAAUUGUAA